AUGCGCUUCUCCCUCUCCUUCGUCCUCGCCAUGGUCGCCUCAGUGCUCGCCGCCGACCCUCUCGUCGUCAACACCCCGACCUCCGCUCCCCAGUGCGGCGAUACCGUCGGGACGUGGACCGGCGGCACUGCUGACGUACACCGUCUGCACUCGCCGUUUAUCCCUCAGCGCAUGAACUUCGAUGGAGUCACUGAGGGCAUGACUCCGGGACCGGGCGACAACGCCGGCACCUGGCACACCAACGUUCCUUCCGGUACCACCGUGUUCUUCUCCGUGACCGACGCGACGGGCCAGACCGGACGCUCCGCCGAUUUCGUCGUCCAGCCCAGCUACAAUAAGUACUACACCAUGGCUUCUGUUAACUUUGAGCCCGUCCUCAACAAUUAG